AUGAAACCGUCGACCUUUUUGGGUGGCAUUGAACCGUUAAAAGCAGAAACAUGGUUGCUUGAAAUUGAGAAAUUGUUUAAAGUAUUCCCUUGCUUUGAAAUUCAGAAAGUCCUUCUGGCCACCUAUACUUUGAAAGAUAAAACCCGGAGGUGGUGGUUACUAAUCCGAAACAAUAAUGGGAAUAUGAUGUGGGCACAAUUUAUUUCGAUCUUCUAUGAUAAGUACUUCCCUCAAUGUUUUCGAGAUCAGAAAAUUUCUGAAUUCCAAGAACUUAAACAAGGCAGGAUGUCCGUGGCUGAACAUGAGACCAAAUUUACUGAGUUGGCUCGAUUUGCUCCACAUAUGGUGGAUACUGAUUACAAGAAGGCAUGGAAAUUUGAAGGCGGACUGGAUCUGGAAGUGUUUGACCGAAUAGGCGUCUUGAAAUCGCCUACUUAUGUGGAAGUUUUAGAUAGAGCGAUAAUGGCAGAAGCCACAAUAGUAGCAAUGAAACAAGCUAAGGCACCAACAACAGAAGGGAGAAGCAAAAGAUUUGGGUCUAAUUUUCGGAAGGGUUGUUUCUUCUUCACAAACAAAAAGCAAAAUACUAGAUCUUCAAGCAGCUCAAGCCAAAGUAGUGGGUCUAUACCAAUCUGUUUAGAAUGUGGAAGGAAACAUAAAGGCAUGUGCCAUCGUGCAUCGGGUGCGUGUUUUCACUGUGGCAAAACCGGUCACAUAAUUAAGGACUGUCUAAUGAGGUUUGACAAUGCAAAUCAUCCAACAGCAAGUUCAGUCAGAUCUACUCCUGUAACGAGGCCCAAUGCAAGAACUAAUGUCAAGAAUAACAUCGGAAAUGAAACACUAAGGUAA